GGGAGGGAGACACAGGCUGAGCUGAUCCCACGUGUGACGCUUGCAUUCCCGGCUCAGUAAAAUUCUCUUUAGCGUGCUUCGGUUUAGCGUUGUGCCGCCUGUCUUCGUUAGUUACUGGCUAUAGUUGGGUGAGCUAUGGAGGGAGACGGGAGCCAAGCCACAUCUGGAGGAAGUCCUAAUGAUUCGCAACACGACCCGGGUAAAAUGUUUAUCGGUGGUCUCAGCUGGCAAACUUCACCAGACAGCCUUAGAGACUAUUUUACUAAAUUCGGGGAAAUCAGAGAAUGUAUGGUGAUGAGAGAUCCAACGACAAAACGCUCCAGGGGCUUUGGAUUCGUUACUUACGUAGAUGCUGCCAGUGUAGAUAACGUCUUAGCUCAGCCACAUCACGAAUUAGACUCAAAAACGAUCGAUCCUAAAGUUGCCUUCCCUAGACGUGCUCAACCCAAGAUGGUCACAAGAACAAAGAAAGUAUUUGUAGGAGGAUUAUCAGCGAACACAGUAGUUGAAGAUGUGAAGCUGUAUUUUGAACAGUUUGGCAAGGUAGAGGACGCCAUGCUUAUGUUUGACAAAACAACUAACAGACACAGAGGUUUCGGCUUUGUAACUUUUGAGGUUGAGGACGUUGUGGAGAAAGUAUGCGAGAUUCACUUUCAUGAAAUCAAUAAUAAAAUGGUAGAAUGCAAGAAGGCCCAGCCCAAGGAGGUGAUGUUCCCUCCAGGUACGCGAGGCAGGGCCAGGGGCCUGCCCUACACCAUGGAUGCCUUCAUGCUGGGGAUGGGCAUGCUGAGUUACCCAAACAUUGUAGCAACGUACGGCCGUGGAUACACUGGUUUUGCCCCGAGUUACAGCUACCAAUUCCCUGGCUUCCCAGCGACGGCGUAUGGACCGGUGGCAGCAGCAGCAGUGGCGGCAGUGCGUGGCUCAGGUAGGGGGGCCCGUGGAAGAGGUGGCUACAUGGCAUACCAGCAGAACGCAGGGGCAGGGUUCCCAGAUUAUGGGUUCUAUUCCGGGGCCGGGCCCAGUGACCUGCGGGGCCCCCCCUGCUCCUUUGCCGACUAUGGCUCCCUGGGGCCCCAGGCUGCUCAGAUGCUGCAGCACAGUGAGCAUCAUGCCACCUCCGCCUGCAACUCCCCCCUCCAGCACCACCUGCAGCACAGCCCGGACCCCUUUAAGAGCCCAGGCACCAACCAGGCCCGGCCCGGAGCCUUCCCUGGCACCAACAGUCCCGGGCCCGUGGCUGACCUCUAUGGCACUACAAGCCAGGACUCCGGCGUGGGCAACUACAUUAGUGCUGCUAGCCCCCAGCCUGGCUCUGGCUUCGGCCACAGCAUUGCUGGCCCCUUGAUUGCAACCGCUUUUACAAAUGGAUACCAUUGAAACCUAACAGGUGGUUGGUUGCCAUCUCAUUCGAGCAGAGUAUUUCAGGAGGCCCGGGGAAGACCGGGCGGAGUUUUUAACUGGCUAUGUGAACAGGUGAUGCCAUCCAAAGCACUACAGCAUCAACCCACAGGAGGAGAGUGGAGGCGGCACCACGUGAAGAAGAACUGAAGAAAAUGUCAAAAUCAUCUCAGAAAAAGAAACUACAAUCUGCUGUACUAUAAUCCAAACCUGGUGUUCACAUCCAUAAUAUCCAACUGUAACCCAGUAACUUUGUGUAGGAUUUUAGUUGUUUUUACCUUUGAAUGAAUGUUCCUUAUUUUAAAUCGAUUUAGUUUAUUUUCUUUCUUUUCGACGUAGUCUUCAAAUUAAUAAGGAAGAUUCAUUAUAUUUUUUACUUAGGAUCAAAAAUACACAAAUAUUGGAUACUAUCUUAAAUGAGUAACUAUUUAUGUAAACCAUUUAUUUAAAAAAAAUAGAUUGCUAUGUUGCUAUGGUUGUUUGUUUUCAUCCUUGGUAAUGGAAAUAAUUUCAGGUGUCAGUUUGCACAUACAGAGCAUUCGGAAAGUAUUCAGUCCACUUCACUUUUUGUUACAUUACAGCCUUACUCUAAAAUGUAUUACAUUGUUUUUUCCCCUCAUCAAUCUAAACACGUUACCCCAUAAUGACAAAGCAAAAACAGGUUUUUAGAAAUUUUUGCAAAUGUAUUACAAAUAAAAAACAUCUAUCACAUUUACAUAAGUAUUCAGAACCUUUACUCAGUACUUUGGUGAAACACCUUUGGUAGCGAUUACAACCUCGAGUCUUCUUGGGUAUGGCGCAACAAACUUGGGAGUUUCUCCCAAUGACACUACAAAAUGGGAGUUUCUCCCAUGAUUCUCUGCAGAUCCUCUCAAGCUCUGUCAGGUUGAAUGGGGAGUGUUGCUGAACAGCUAUUUUCACGUCUGGGCUCUAGCUGGGUGACUCAAGGACAUUCAGCGACUUGUCCCGAAGGCUCUACUGCGUUGUCUUGGCUCUGUGCUUAGGGUCGUUGUCUGGUUGGAAGGUGAACCUUCGCCCCAGUCUGAGGUCCUGAGUGUUCUGGAGCAGGUUUUCAUGAUCACUCUGUACUUUGCUCCAUUAAUCUUUCCCUCGAUUCUGACUAGUCUGUCAGAGCGACCAUCAGGUUCCUCUUCACCUCCCUGACCAAGGCCCUUCUCCCCAGAUUGCUCAGUUUGGCCAGGCAGCCAGCUCUAGGAAGGGUCUUGUUGGUUCCAAACUUUUUCCAUUUAAGAAUGAUGGAGGCCACUAACCCUUGGAGACCUUCAAUCUGUGCCUCGACACAAUCCUGUCUCGGUGCUCUAUGGACAAUUCCUUCAACCUCAUGACUUGGUUUUUGCUCUGACAUGCACUGUCAACUGUGGUAUUUUGGCCCAUUCCUCCAUGCAGAUCUCGUCUAGAGCAGUGAUGUUUUGGGGCUGUUGCUGGGCAACACGGACUUUCAACUCCCUCCAAAGAUUUUCUAUGGGGUUGAGAUUUAGAGACUGGCUAGGCCACUCCAGGACCUUGAAAUAAAUGCUUCUUACGAAGCCACUCCUUCGUUGCCCGGGCGGUGUGUUUGGGAUCAUUGUCAUGCUGAAAGACCUAGCCACGUUUCAUCUUCAAUGCCCUUGCUGAUGGAAGGAGGUUUUCACUCAAAAUCUCACGAUACAUGGCCCCAUUCAUUAUUUCCUUUACACGGAUCAGUCGUCCUGGUCCCUUUGCAGAAAAACAGCCCCAAAGCAUGAUGGUUCCACCCCCAUGCUUCACAGUAGGUAUGGUGUUCUUUGGAUGCAACUCAGCAUUCUUUGUCCUCCAAACACGACGAGUUCUAUUUUGGUUUCAUCUGACCAUAUGACAUUCUCCCAAUCUUCUUCUGGAUCAUCCAAAUUCUCUCUAGCAAACUUCAGACGGGCCUGGACAUGUACUGACUUAAGCAGGGGGACACAUCUGGCACUGCAGGAUUUGAGUCCCUGGCGGCAUAGUGUGUUACUGAUGGUAAGCUUUGUUACUUUGGUCCCAGCUCUCUGCAGGUCAUUCACUAGGUCCCCCCCGUGUGGUUCUGGGAUUUUUGCUCACCGUUCUUGUGAUAAUUUUGACUCCACGGGGUGAGAUCUUGCAUGGAGCCCCAGAUCGAGGGAGAUCAUCAGUGGUCUUGUAUGUCUUCCAUUUCCUAAUAAUUGCUCCCACAGUUGAUUUCUUCAAACCAAGCUGCUUACCUAUUGCAGAUUCAGUCUUCCCAGCCUGGUGCAGGUUUACAAUUUUGUUUCUGGUGUCCUUUGACAGCUCUUUGCUCUUGGUCAUAGUGGGUUUGGAGUGUGACUGUUUGAGGUUGUGGACAGGUGUCUUUUAUACUGAUAACAAGUUCAAACAGGUGCCAUUAAUACAGGUAACGAGUGGAGGACAGAGGAGCCUCUUAAAGAAGAAGUUACAGGUCUGUGAGAGCCAGAAGUCUUGCUUGUUUGUAGGUGACCAAAUACUUAUUUUCCACCAUAAUUUGCAAAUAAAUUCAUUAAAAAUCAUACAUUGUGAUUUUCUGGAGAAAAAAAAUUCUAAUUUUGUCUGUCAUAGUUGAAGUGAUGAUGAAAUUUACAGGCCUCUCUCAUCUUUUUAAGUGGGAGAACUUGCACAAUUGGUGGCUGACUAAAUACUUUUUUGCCCCACUGUAUAUAGGCAGGUGUGCCUUUCCAAAUCAUGUCCAAUCAAUUGAAUUCACCACAGGUGGACUCCAAUCAAGUUGUAGAAACAUCUCAAGGAUGAUCAAUGGAAACAAGAUGCACUUGAGUCUCAUAGCAAAGUGUCUGAAUACUAUUGUAAAUAAGGUAUUUUAUUUUUUAUACAUUUGCAAAAAUGUCUAAAAACCUGUUUUUGCUUGGUCAUUAUGGGGUAUUUAAUACAUUUUAGAAUAAGGCUGUUACGUAGCAGCAUUUGUAAAAAAAAAAGUCAAUGGGUCUGAAUACUUUCUGAAUGCACUGUACAAGAAAACUGACAUGGACUGAUGAGGCUUGAAGAAAGGUGGUGUUAAUUAAAUAAAAAAAUAGAGUGUAACUAAUAAAUCUUCUAGAUUUUUUUGUUUCUUUUAAUGUUGUUAAUUACCUAUUUUGGGCAAUAAGAGGACUACAAUAUUUUUACAGUCCUUUUUUACCAUUUUUUUUGUUGUCAGGAAAAAAUAACCUUUCCUUUUAAUACUUAGUGAAUUCAGAUUUUAAGAAAAAAAUAUAUAGCUGUAAAUAUUAUUCAAGUCACUGCAUAUAAUCGUUUCAGAGAGAACCAUAUUUUUGUGAUGGUUCAUCAUAAAAGGCUGUACUGUGUAAGAGCGCAACUGUCAAAGACGAGGACAUUUAAUGCUCUUAAAUCGUAUCAUAAUCCAUUUGUAGCACAAAAUUCCAUGAUAACCCCAUUGAGGACUCGAUCCUACAAGAACACUGUUGGCUUGCUCUGUAAAUACUGUUGUCUUUCUUACUGUGCUCAUGUCAUACCAGCAUACUGUUGUGUCUUCUACAUGGUGAGCUCAAAAGUGCACAGCUUCUAAAAGAUGACACAAGGUUAACACUGGACAUUGCUACACAAUGUCUCUCAAAGAGGACACCGGCUCAACUUCUUCUAGACACUUGCAAGUGAAAGGCUACUUACUGUGUCUGUCACUGAGAUUUUUGAAGUCAAUACUAUAUAAAAAAAAGGACUUAUUACAAACCCAAAGCACACUUUUACUUUGUAUUAGUUUGAAAAUACCAGAUGUAUAUCCAGAGACAAUUCAUACCAAUCUGCAUGUGUUGAUGUUACAUUUUGUUGUUAUGAUUAUCUUAAUGUUUUGUUUUUCUUAUUAAUGCUAUUUAUCCAUUUUGAACAGAGCACCUACUUUCAAUUUGACAGGCAAUAUUUCAAGUCAGAUACAUUUUAAGUCAAUUUAUUGGAUGUUUUCUUGAACUGAUUAGGAAGGCAAAUAUCUAUGAUUACCUCAGCCCUGUGAGUUUUGUCUUAGAAGAGAUUACAAAGUAAUUUAUUUGAGGCUUAAACAGAUUGAAAUUAUGAAUGGAUUAUGAGAACAAGUUGUUGCACCGUGACAAGGAAGGAAAGUGACCAUAUUCUAUUUGCACAUUUCAAGUGUUGGAUAUUUAAAAUGGUCUUGAUAAGAUGAUACAUGAAGGAUUGUUUUUUAAGAAUAACUUUUUAUCCCCAUUAGAGAUUAGACAUCUUGGCUGUUGCAAUUGGAAAACGUUUUUUCUGCCCAACGGGCAUUUAUUUUCCUAAAAAUGCGAAAGAAUCCAUACAUAAUCCAUAGAUUGGAGCAUUUCGACCUAGCCAAGUCACCCUAGUCACCACAGUAAUGUCCUGUAGGGACUGGUUUGCUGAGAUGGAGAAAUGGUUCCUCUAUAAAAGUUUCAAAUUAUAUUUGAAGAAAGGAUUGGAUUAAUGUAUAUGCUGUGCAGAUUUUGUUUGUCUCACUUCACUCAACAACCAGGUGAAGCAGAAUGCUGGAUUCUUUUAAAAUAAAAUGGGGAUUUGUUUAAGUAAUAAUAAAUAAAUAAAAUAAUAAAAAAUAAAAAACAUGUAUAUUACCAAUUCAAAAAAGAUAAAAAAGUAUGUUCCCUUGAAUGAUUUACAUUUUUAAUCAGAAGGAUUUGUAUCAAUAUUUUUGUGGUUGUUAAUGAUUAUAUUAAUAAUAAUUAUUAUACUAACAAUAUUAGAAUGUACUGUACAUCCAUCCGGUUCUUUCUCCAUCCCCUGUCACCUUAUACAGUAAUCUUAUGUUGAUCAUCAAUGUAUUUCAGUAAUAUGUGAAAAAAGUCAACUGCAAAUGACCUUGUAAGAGUGCCGUCUUUGAUGCCAGUGUAGUGGUUUAUACACUUAUUUGUUGAUCUCUCUUUCCUCCUCUCCGUCUCUCCCAAUGUCUCACUCUCUCUGUCUCCCUCUUCUAGUAUUAGUGGUAGGUGUUAUGUAGUUAAGAUGUAGAUGUAGCUAUUAGGAGAUGUAGGACCAGUAAGGAUAGAGCUUUCUCUUCUUAAUUACCAUAUUUUUAAAAAGAAAAGCUGACAUUAGUUUCAACAUCAUUUGUCUAUUUAUUUUCAGUUGUACUGAUCUCACAUGGUUUCAACUAACCAAAGCAAUCAUUGAAGACAUUUAAAUCAAAAAUUGCUGUAAGACCGAAUCGUAAACAAGGCAUUGAUUGGAUCCCCACCCUUGAAUGUUUAAAAAAAAUGGGUGUGCCAUACUACCUUAAAAGCUAAUACUAGAUAUGCAAAACCGUUUUAUUUGUCAUUAUUUCACAAGAGGGACACAAGCUAUAAUUAUGAUUGAGCAUAAUGGAUUUUAUCACAUAACAGAUUAAUGAUAAUAAUGGGCAUAAUAACAAUAACUAUUAUAGAUAUAAUUAAUCUAAACUCAUUUUGAUGUUUGUACUCUUAAUCUCUUAUAUCCCAGUGGCCCCUGGCACUACUAUUUUUGGAUACAGUUUAUUUUAUUUUCGGUGUCUACUUAAUUAAUUAUUAAUUCAUAUGAAUUCAUACUUUAGUUUGAGUUCAUUAUCAACGUUUGAGAAUGUAGUGAAUUAUUUUUGUACUCUUGAACCAUUGGAAGCAGAUUUUUACUUUAAUCAAAGCCUGGGUAUCAUUUACAUUGUAGAUUCAUUCAUACUCCUGCUCUCACGUGCUUAGUCUUCAUUUAAAGUAUUCUCAUUCAAAUGGCAGCCUGCUUGUUAGUAUAGACAUUUGCACUGUGCAAUAACUUAAUCUUUAAGACCCUCCUGCUAAAGGAAAACAAGACAGUGCAAAAGCUAUUGAUGAGUUGUUAUAUGAAGGGCUUAUUGAAAUGAUACCUAUAGGACAUAUUUAAUUUAAGCUAUUCAUAGAACCACAGAGAGUUGAGGUAGGAUAGGAUGUAUGCAUUGUUCUCAUGAAGACUGAGCCAAAAUUUCGAAACCUGUUGGUAAACGUGACAUUUAUGCAGCAGAAUGUACCCACCGAGAGCAAGUGUAAAGCUCUGUGAUACAUUGCAAGAAGCUAUCUCUGUUUUAAAUGUCCCUCUACCAAUAUCACUAUACCUGAUUUACCAUUUGAUUAGAGUAAAAGUUGGCUGGCUGUCCAUUCAAAAUAGUUGAUACCAUCUCUAUUAGUUAAUAAAAGAUUUCAAAUAGAUUUCACAGCUUGGACUUUAAGGUAGCAUGGCUCUGUAGAUGCUAUACUUUCCCUUCACAUGGACAGCAGUUUACAGCUGAUGAAUGUUGCACAUCUUGCUAGACUACUUAAUCAUUGGAUAAUUGUUGGUAAAAAAAAAACUAAACUAAAAAUAUACAUAUAUAAAAAAGACCUGGAAGGUGUUGGAUGAUAUAUUGGGAGCGUACUACCGUAACCAUUUAAAGUUGAAUCUUGAGGCAAGUGCUAGGCAAUGGCCAAACAAACAUCCCAUCACUGAAUUAACAGACACACAACGCACACGUACCUACUGUAAUAACAGGCAUAUAAUGUUAGUUAAGGAUAUAUUAUUGUGUAUGUCUAUUUGUUGAGGCUGAACCCUAAUUUCAGAUGAAAUUAACUCCCCGCUGUCUGAAAUGUAGGCAACACUGUUUGUAUUAUGUUUGUGUCACACUUAACAUUAUUAUUAUGUUUUCCCAUGAUGCAACACGGUUGGACUGUAAAACGUGGGCUUUAGAAGCUGUGACUGAUACUUUCGGGUAAAGCAUAAAAUACAAUUAUUUCAAAUGGGGAAUUGUCGGUUAGUGAGUAGCAUGGCAUGGGCCACUGCUAGAGCAGUGUGUGUGUGUGUGUGUGUGUGUGUGUGUGUGUGUGUGUGUGUGUGUGUGUGUGUGUGUGUGUGUGUGUGUGUGUGUGUGUGUGUGUGUGUGUGUGUGUGUGUGUGUGUGUGUGUGUGUGUGUGUGUAAAGGGGUUGAGGGAAGCGGUACAGUCAUUAAAAGUCCUGUGCAUCUCUGUGGACAUUUGUCUUACUGUACAUUUGACCUGACCUUAGCUUUUCUUCUCUCAUGCUCCCUCUUGGGUUCAACCUCUGAUUGCCUUGCCCUUUCCUAACACUUGCCCAUGUUUUAAUGUUAACAGACUUUUUACCGCGAGAGCUGACUGAUAGGACUGACGUCUGAAAGCAUCUUUCAGGUCUUCUUGUAUGGCUUGCUCAAGCCCUGUUGUAAAAUAUAAUAAAGUGGAUGGGGGUCUCUCACAUCUCAGAUGUGGAAAGUAUAAUUUUAUAUUUGUAUUUUCAAAUAAUUAUAAUAAUAAAACAUGUUUGUGAAAGGUUUCCAUGCUCUACUGUGGUGCAGAAAUCGAUGUGUUUGUCUGGAAAAAAUGUAAAUAAACUGUUUUGAACCAUU